AUGAUCGCCAGCGCGUGGUCCGAGGUCGCGCGCUCCGGGACGCUCUCCGCCGCCGUCAACCACGACCGCUCCGUGUUCCGCCCACGCGCCCCGCCGUCCUACAGCCCCUCGUUCGGCGAGCAGUUCUCGCCGCUGGAGGGCGAGCACCUCGUCAAUGCGCUGACUACCCAGUGCUCCUUCGUCGAGCGCACGUAUUACGUCGAGGCGCGAGACCUCGAGACGCUGCGCUCUCAGGCGAGCCAGGACGGCGUGGUGGCCACCCGCCUCGAGGCGGUGUCCGCGUACCUGUGGAAGGCCUUCGCCGCCGUCGUGGGCGCGUCCGACGAGAGCUGCCGCAUGGGCUGGUGGGUGAACGGGCGGCCCCGUCUCGCCGCGCCGAGGUACAAGGCGGCGAUGCGGGAGCGCGAGUACAUCGGCAACGUCACCACGCUCGCGGUGGCCGAGGCGAGGGUGGAGGACACCCGCCGGCUUCCGCUCCCGGACAUCGCGUCGACGGUGCGCGAGACGAUCAGGUCCACGGCCACGGACGAGCACUUCCAGCAGCAGGUGGACUGGGUGGAGGAGCACAGGGCUACCAAGUACGUCGAGACGGCCUGCGUCGGGUUGGGUAGCCCGGCGGUGACCGUGACCUCGUUCGCGACGUUCAGUUUGGACACCGACUUCGGCUUCGGGCGUGCCGCGCUGACGAUGCCCACAGGGGAGGACUGCGGGAGGCUGUGCAGUGGCUUCGUGCAGAUCAUCGCGCGCCCGGGAGGCGACGGCUGGCUCGUCGACAUGUAUGUGUGGCCGAGGCUCGCCGCCGCGCUCGACUCCGACGAGUGCCGCAUCUUCAAGCCUCUCACCGCUGAGUUCCUCGGCCUUGGCCAUUAUAGACGGCUUUGA